AUGAGGGCAAGGGUCCUUUGUGAAGUUCUCUUGCUGCUCGCGCUGUUGGUGCUACUGCCGGUGACUAGUAUUGCGUCGGUGAGGAGCCCAGGAGGAGCUGGAACGGAGCUCAUCAGGGAUGAUUUUCCCCUCGACUUCAUCUUCGGAUCUGGAACGUCGGCGUAUCAAGUGAGAUGUUCGGUCCUUUGUUCUUCACCUGAGAAUGAGGCGAAUGGUGGAGGGGUCUGAUGAGCACGCACCAGCCCGGUCGAUGCAGGUUGAAGGAGCCGCGGCGGAGGACGGGAGGACGCCCAGCGUCUGGGACACCGGGGCUCACGCCGGUAACUGCUUCUUUCGGAUGGCCCCUGUUGAUCAAGCAAUAGCCAAAACCUUAUCGGAAAUUUUCGCCGGGGAGGCUGAGAAAAUGCACCAGUCCAAUUUUCGGUAUAUAUUUCUCAAAUGACUUGUUACCACAUCUAAAUACAGGAAAAGUGGCAAACGGAAGUACGGCAGAUAUAACAUGCGACGGGUAUCACAAAUACAAGGUACAGGUCACUAUCUUUGCUCGGCUUGAAAAUGUUUCCGUCAAAUAUUCUGGAGUUGCGAUUAUAAUGAAAUACUGUAACAUCUGAUAAUUGCACGUAGCCUGAUUCUCUGUGGGAAUAUUCGAUAACUGACUUAACGGAUCAUCAUCUGUAAAUUUAGAGUAUUUAAGUUUCUGGUAUCAUGACUUAACAAAUUUCUCCCUUAACCAUCGAAGCAAUGUUAUCGUGGAGGUUGCUAAAGUUUCAUAUAUCUGACUAGAUAAAACUCAAUGCCGGUUUUAUCAAGGGCGCUUGUCUUUUAGUCAUUAUUUUUAGCCAUAUUCAUUAUCCUAUGUUUUUCUCACUAUUCGUUUAAUAUGAGCAUUUUCCUCUCUGCCUUGUAGGAUGACAUCAAACUCAUGAAAGAGCUCGGAUUAAAAGGCUAUAGAUUUUCUAUUUCUUGGUCAAGGCUUAUUCCUAGUAUGGGACUACAUUUCGAUUUCAUUUGCUACAAUUUUCAUGACCAUGUUUUAUCUGAAAACUCCGCUCCAUGUAGAGGGAAGGGGUGAUGUCAACCCAAAGGGUCUGCAGUUUUACAAUGAUUUCAUCAACGAACUGAUUGGAAAUGGUAUGGUUUCGUAAAAGUGCUUCGAAAAUAUGAGAAUAUCAUCCUUGCACAUCUCUCAUCCCUUGAAGAGUAUUAAUUAUAUAAUUAUUGUAGUUCGCCGAUUUUAGAUUCUUACCUUUAUGAGAGGUAUUGUUCAACGAGCGUCUAUUAUGAGAUGGUGAAGGUGUACCAUUCAAUAGGUGUCUUUAAUGAGAUGGUGUAAUUUGUUCAUGUUUUAAGAUCUUCAUAAAAGGAAGCAUGCAUACGAAUGAAAUUGAGAUGUGCAUAACGUUAUUCCCUGAAAUGAAUUUAAAUACUUAGUUGAUGGGGGAUUCUAAAGUAUGCAAGGUGAUGCUAGGUCAGCAAGUUAUUUUCCCACGUAAUAAUACUCUCUAGUAAAAGAAAUAAGGCACAACUAUGCUGCAUUGAAGGCUUUAGAUGUAUGCACGUUUCAUGAUAGAAAUGUGCUAGUUAAAUGAUUUCAACAGAAAUGGUUCUUAGAUGUUGUUGAGAUAUGGUGGCUGUGUUAAGUGGGCUCUUAAAAGUUCCUACUGAAUAUAAUUUAUUCAUGUAUCAUUGGAGGAAGUAGAGAAAGGGACGAUUGUACUGCAGGAUGCUAUCAAGUCGGCAAAUGAUUGCAAAUUUUGGUCCUUCAAUGUUUUUGACCCCCUGAAAUUUCAUACAAUUUUUCACAUUCCACGUUGGCAUCAUUAUUGAUACAAGCCAUUUACAGGCUCCUUGUUUACUUAGGAGGUCAACAGGGGACACUUUUUUCUUGCAAAGUAAAGAAUGGAAUUACUUCCGUUAUACCUUUCACUUUCUCAUCUGCAUUGUGAUUUCGUCUUUAUCUAUGUGAAUCAUCUUGUAGGAAUCCAACCUCACGUUACUCUUUUCCAUUAUGAUCUCCCUCAAGCCCUUGAGGAUGAGUACCAAGGAUGGCUAAGCCCAAAGAUCGUGUAAUAUGGCUAAACCACAAAUUUCCCUUUGGUUUCAGUUUUCUUCUUCUUUUGAUAAUUUAUAUAUUGUGCACACUAAGGUAGUGUGUAUCUGGGUAGAGAAAUGGGGAUUUCCUUCCAUUAACUGGGAGCCAAGGAUCAUCAUUUAAUGUUAGAGUUUAAUGAUAGUCAGUGUUAUUAAUGUAUGGCAGGGAUGACUUCACAGCUUACGCAGACGUCUGCUUCAAGGAGUUUGGGGAUCGAGUUUCCUAUUGGACUACCCUUAAUGAACCCAAUUUUCUUGCCCUUGCUGGCUAUGACACGGGGAUCUUCCCACCGUUCAGGUGUUCCAGUCGUUUUGGUCGCAAUUGCUCCAUUGGUGAUUCUACAUUAGAGCCAUAUAUUGUGGGCUACCACUGCAUUCUAGCACAUGCUGAAGUGGCAACGCUCUAUCGAAGAAAGUACCAGGUUACCACUGCAUUCAUAAGGAUAAAUUUCUAUGUAUAACCUUUGGAUUAUGAAAAAAUAACAUAGAGUACUCAGGUGAUACAAAAAGGAUUCAUAGGUCUAAAUGUGUUCGUUUACCACUUCACUUCUCUCACAAAUUCCACAAGGGAUGUUGCUGCUGCUCAGAGAGCAUAUGACUUCUACACCGGCUGGUAUGCUGCUCAUCCAUCACGUAACUUUUCAACCUCGUUUUCCCUCGGAGGAUGACUUUCUAAAGGAAUGUCUGAUUAAGGUUUGUCAAUCCACUGGUCAAUGGAGAUUAUCCGAGCACCAUGAAGGAGAGAACAGGCAAUAAGAUGCCUUCAUUCUCGGUUUAUCAAAGUGAAUACAUAAAGGGCUCCUUUGACUUCUUGGGUGUGAACCAUUAUGCGACAGUGUGGGUGUCAGAUGUUAGCUCUGAUAAUUCAUCAACUUACGAGAGAGACUUCGGGUUUGAUAUGUCUGUAAAAUUGACAGGUACUACCACUGACGAUGCAUUUCGUCUCUUUAUUUCUUCAUUUUUCUCAUUUUUCAAUUUUGAACUCUUUUUCGCUUAAUUUUUCUAAACAUUUCAGGUAAGAGAAAUGAAAAUGUUUCCGAGGUAAGUGUUUUAUGAUAAAUCAAUUAAAAGUCAAGUGUUACUUAAGACUGCUUCUAAAAAUCACUCUCUCGAUUCACUCAGCUCCCUGCCACAGUCUUUGGCAUGCAAGGAAUGUUGGAGCACUUCAAGAAUGUCUAUGGGAAUCCUCCCAUCUACAUCCAUGAAAAUGGUAAGUAUGACCUCUCCUUCUUUUCCAUUAUUAUAAAUUAAAAAUAUAGAUCCUUGUUACAAUAGUAUCACAUGAAUGCAUGAUAUUGUGCUUAUGAUUGAAGUAUAUGAGACCACCUCUCGCUGACAGCCACUGGCUUUGACUUGUCACGAUUCUUUAGUUUGUUCUAAAGUUCUAUCAUAAGUCACACGCCCUAUCUAUGUAAUCCAUCUAGCAAAGUCAUUAAAAAAAAGAAUAUGUGUGCUUUGAAUUUAAAAGGUGAAAGCAUUUGAUUUUGACAGAUGAUUUAUUUGUGAGACGGACUGCCCGAGGCUUUAUGAACUUAACGGUUAAUGUUUUAUCUACAUAGGCUAUUCAACACCACAGAACUCGUCUCUGGAGGAUACUCCACGUGUUGAAUACUUGAAGAUGAACAUAGGAAGCUUGCUCGACGCUGUUAGGUAUAACUCGUCACCUUCUUCUUUAACUGACUGAGAAAUCGAUUCAUACCUUAUUCAGAUUUUGUGUAUUGGCUUAGGAAUGGGUCAAAUGCGAGAGGAUACUUCACGUGGUCGUUCUUGGAUGUCUUUGAGCUGAAUGAUGGGUAUCAAUCGAGUUUUGGUCUCUACCAUGUGGACUUUGAGGAUAAGGAGCUCACUAGGCGGCCCAAACUCUCUGCUCGGUGGUACUCUCAUUUUCUCAAAGGAGGGCAUAACAAUAUCGUCAGUGUGAGCGUGAGCAACAACUCAAACCCAUCUGAAGCUCUUGCUUAG